AUGAAUUUGGAGCCGAUUCGCAUAUCUGAGAUCAAAGCUUGCUCUCAAUUCGUCUGUGGCUUUUCACAUGGUGGCCACACUUAUCUCGUUGCAUGUGCAGUGACCCGUGGCCAUCGUUCUUCUAUAUGGCUUUUUGAAAUUGCACGCGUUCGUGGCCGUCAUCGUGGCCUCCGUGAGAUUACUUUUCCUGCACCAGUACAAAGUCUUGGGCUAGUCCGAAAUGGUGACUGGUUGGCGGUGGGAGGACCGAGCCAUUUUGCCCUCUAUCGGGUCUGGUCUGAUCAGCAGCAGCAACAGCAGAUUCAGAUGCAAGGCAAGCUCAUAUAUUCACUACAUUUGCCCUCUUAUUUUGUAUCUUAUAUGAAUCUAAUUGAUAGAUUCCCUAACCUUAACUAG